GAAUUGCAUGAUAAGGUAUUUGAACUAUUGGAAAGGAAGAAAAAGGAAACCCUGGCACACAAACGCAGUUUUUUCGUGAGAAUGGUCAGCGAUCCCAAAAUUUACAAUCCAUCCAUUGCAAAGUCUAUGCCGUCCACCAGGAGACAUCUCACCGAACAGGCUGACUCUCCCAGUUCACCCGAUGGAAACAUUACAGUUCAACCCCCUUUGAGCGCAUCAUGGAUCAGUUGGCCAUUGGCAUUUCUCUUUCAAGGUAUAACCGACGAUGGGUCUUCCGGUGAUGUACCAAUCAGGUUCCGUCAUCUGGAUACUAAAGUCCGGUUGAAAACGAGUGGAAAAGGAACCAACGGUGGUUCUUCGUCUGCAUCGCCCGAUGCUGAGACUAGUCGUUCUCCCAAAAGAUCACCAGCUUCAUCAAGAAGAUCAUCUCCCAAUAGUGAUCAACAAAAAUGAAGGGAAAAUAUGAUUAUUCAAGUUUCUUGAGGAUCAUCUUCAAACCAUGGAUCAAGUUACGCUUCUUUGUAUAUGUUUAGUUUUAUUUCUAAUUAAAUUUUUGAUGGUGUCAAAAAUAUGAACAGGCUGAAUGGAUAAAUAAA